AUGGUCCGAAAAAAAUCAAUUUCAUCAAAAGUUAAAACACGAAAAGAAGCCUAUAAACGACGACAACAAAUUCAUUCACGUGUUAGUCGUUCAUGGCGAAUUUUAAUUUUAACCAUAAAGGCUGUCAAAAGAUUUUCGAGUUUCAAACAUAAUGUCUCAGCUGUCUCACGUGUGCCAAGAUUACUCGACAUAUCAGAAAUGGACUUAAUCGAUUCACAUUGUAUUAGUUUUGGUAAUAAGCUAAAAAUACAAGAUAACUGUUCUGAUUCAACUCAAUUGAAUGAACAAUUUGAUGAAUUAAAUAUAGUCCAGGAUAUUGUUAAGAAAGUUGUAUCAAAGGUUUGUCGUUUAGAUAAUGAACGAAAAAGACAAUCAAAAAAUCGAAAAGCUCAAAAAGAAACAAGAAAAAUUCUUAGUAAUGAAGAGCUAAUAACAAAACUUCGUAGUCGAAAUAAACGGUGUGAGUGGAACAAUUGUCGUGAUGUUUUAUUUCAUGAACAACAGUCUGAACGUUUACGAAAAUAUUAUCGAAAUAAAUAUCAAAAUAACAAUGACUUUCGUAACAGAGAAAAGGUUCGGACAAAUAGUAGUAUUUCUUUGAAAUAUCAUAAUAAUUUCAAUUUUCGUGAAAAGAUGAAAUCACAUUCAAAGAUUCAUUGUUUUGAUAAGUAUCAUAGAGAUAUGAUUUUUCGUCAGAAAGUUAAAGCACGAUCAAAAUGUAUUCUUUUUAAUAAAUAUCAUAAUAAUACAGACUAUCGUAACAAAGUUAUAGCACAAUCAAAUGUGAAUGUUUUAAAUAAAUAUCAUACUAAUUCUGAUUUUCGAAAGAAAGUUAUAGCACAAUCAAAUAUGAAUAUCUUAAAUAAAUAUCAUACUAAUUCUGAUUUUCGAAACAAAUACAAAGAAAAUAUGAAAAGUCAAGUUUUGAACAGAUAUUAUACUGAUAAUUCGAUACGAUUGAAAAUGAUUCAGCGUGCAUUGAAUUCGUAUCAUAGUAAUAAUACAUUGAUGACACGAAAGUCCAGACAACUUUAUAAUCACCGUAGACGUAUUUUAAAAAAAUACGCCAGUAUUCAAAGUCAUAAAUGUACAUUGAAACACAGCAAUUUAUACAAACAAAACUUGAAAGAGUUUCGAAAAA